UUUCUUAUAGAUGCUGCGCCAUAAGGUGAUGAACGCAGCAGUCAAACCAACACCGUCAGGGUCACGUGUCAUGUUGUUUUUCCUCCUCACGUGUCGUCACGUUCUCCGAGUCUCUCCGAACGUGACGACACAGCGAAGGCGCUCGUUCCAAAAUUCAUAACACAUCAAGUCACCAGUCGGAGAGCACGAAAAACACCGAGCCGGCCGUGUUUUAGAGACAAAGAGAGAGAAAAAUACAUGUCAAUGACAGAAAAAAACUACUUAACUGUUGUUACCAUGUCGUGGCCGUAACAUUUACUCCAACAUGCUGGGAUUCUUGGGCGGCGUGUCCUGGGCCAUACUGGUCGCCAGAAUUUGCCAGGCGUACCCGAAUGCUACAGCGUCCACCCUGGUGAUGAAAUUCUUCAAGAUCUACUCCAUGUGGAAAUGGCCGAUGCCAGUUUGUUUGAGGCUGAUAGAGGACUGCUCAGACAGCGGCCUUCCCUUCUGGGAUCCCAGGGUUCAUGCAAAUCACCGCCUCCACAUCAUGCCCAUCAUCACACCAGCAUUCCCACAGCAGAACACCAGUUUCAACGUGUCUCCCUCCACCUUUGCCAUCAUAAAGGAGGAGAUCGCGCGAGGUUUUGCCAUCACUGAGGACAUUCGUCAGAAAAAAGCAGACUGGUCCACAUUGUUUGAAACACCAGACUUUCUUGGGAAAUACAAGUAUGUAUUAAGCUGCCCAAAGAUGAAAAUGUGACUUUCCAUUUACAAAAUACACUCAAAUGUUUAUUAUUUGGAUAUUUUGAUAAACAUGUGCUUCUGUUUUCCUGAUAAAACUGUGGACUUUCUUCUUCUGCCUUGUAUUUGAAGUUUUUUGGUUGUCUUAAUGAACACAUGCAUGUACUUGUUUGUAAAAAAGUAAACCCUGUGAAAAUUCUCCUGUUUUACCAAAAGCAAACGAUUCAGUUCAUGUUUCAUCCUGUUGUUUGAACACAUUGUGCUUUAAAGUGUGUGAAUUAGCAUUUGUGACUUUUCUGCUGCUUAAGGCAAACUGUUUGCUCAUUGCAGAAUGUGACUGCUCUGGUUUUGUUGUGGAAACUGAUCAUGUUUUGCUCUUGAAUGUCUGCUGUGUAAUGAAUGUGCCAAAUACA